AUGACGUCAAAAUGUUCAAAGCUCAAGUGGUAUCUUCAUUGUAAAGUUUUGAUCACUGAUUUUGACGUCAUUGCUAUGGCCGAUAAGAGUACAGACUAUGGUGUAAGGAGCGAUUUUCCAUGAAUUCCUUAUUUGCCUCGAAUUUUAUAUAUAGCUUUCCAAUAUUCGCUUUGACGUUGUUUUCAGUAAUUCAUACUGAAUUCGUAUAAAGAGGUUUUAGCUCCGCUAAAAGGCUCGCUCCAUUUUAUUGUACUUGUUUGAUUACUUAGUGUUGGAACUUAACGCAAUAAUACCUGAAAAAGCCAACAGUGUUUACAGCUAUCAAAACUAUUUGCUACUUACUCUUUUCAAAGGUAGACGGACUUUGAAGAGAAAAUAGAGGGUCUGUGAACAGGCUACAUUUCGAUUUCUUUGCAUUUUUUCAUUUCCGUUAAUUUCAUCGUCAGACCCAGUUCUCAAAGAUUAUGGUGUCUGCGUUGUUUGUUGCUAUUUUCCUAGGAACUAGCAGAAAUUAAUUCAUCUAUUAAACAACACUGUCGAGAUUAAGCAUGCUCUGAAAAGUUAAGCAACGUACACUUUAGCAAGAGUUUUCCUGAUUUCUAUUUUUUAUUCCAUAAAGGAAGGAGAUAUAAGCAAUUUUCGUUAAUCAACUGAAUGGGGUAAUGAAGUAAGUUGAAAAAGAACUCAAAGUUCGAAGGAACUAUAACAAAUUGCGACACCUUAAAUGGGUUUAUUACAAAGUGCGACACGACCAGAUUUACGUCAGGUAUUACAAAGUGCGAUGAUUAUAACAAAAUGCGAUGUCUGUAAACACGCUUUUGAUCAUGAAUGUUGUGAGUGCACUAUCAAAAAUAGAUGUUCAAAAUUUCUGGAAGGCAAAAGUCUUUUAAUGAGCUGUGCAUUAAGUCUCGAGCUUUGAUUCAACUGCAUUGCAUUCUUUCAACAUACAGAAGUAAGUGAGUCGUUAGGAACAAAGGGAAUAACAAAAAUCGCGCGACUUGAGAAUCGCCUGCUAACGUGCCCUUUCUUGUUUAUGAGGAAUAUCAUGCAAGUUAUUGCAUGUAAAGUUGAUGGGUAACUCCGGCUCUUUUGUAGGUAAUCACAUAUUUCAUAAAGAUACCAUUUUUAUUUUUUCCAGAAACAUGAUAUGAAUGGAAAGGGAAAGAUGAAAGUUUCCCUUGUGAUUUUAAUAGCCGCUGUUAAUUUAUUUAUGCAUGUGAACUCCAAAGAAAAACGACAGAUAACAUGUGGUAAGAGAGCGACUUUUUUAUGUAUUUUUGGCUUUCAGAUAGCUUAAUUCCAUCCCGCAGUUAUUUCUGGCAUAAACACUUUCCUUCCAAUAUUUUUCCUUCCUUAUUCUGCCUCGUCCCACGUCGCUCGCAGUCUCCGCUCGCUCUCUACGCUCGUUCCCUUCAUCCCUCUCUCACGCUUCUCGCUUGUCUGUCUCGGCUUGUCUCUCGCGCUCGCGAGUUUCCCAACUCCACUUAGCCUUGCGAAAGCCCAUGGAUGAGGCAGUUCCUUAUUGACUUUUUAUAUCUUUCAUUUAUCUUAGGGCGGCUGUGCACAGGCUACCUAUUGCAGUACUAGCAAUUAACUUAGUGCUUGCGGUGUGGUGAAAUUAGACUCUCCCAUGGUUUCUUUUUUUUUUUCUUUUUUAGUUAAAUUUUGACCAAUUAGCAAAGAUGUAUAGAUACAUCUCGGAAGAGCGCCUUAAAAUAAGUAAAGCUGUCAAAUCUAAGAGCCAAGAGUUGGCUCCGGAAAAUGUUGAAAUUUUAAUUUUUCAAAGUUCGUAUGACGGGGGUCAAACUUGUACAAAAUAUUCAUGGCUUGGAACCAACUGUCAAAUGAAACACGUGGGAUGGGGGAUCUUACUAGCUUUAAACUCGCCAUAUCUUAGGAGAUAACUUUUUAUUAUAUUUUUAUCUUAUUUCUUUAAUGCUCAUUUCUUUGUUAUAUUGAACGAUGUCUGAAAAAGCCCCAUUUACCGUGUUUAAAUAAAGUUGAUUGAAUUGAAUUGAAUUGAAGCUGUUUAUCCCAUUUAGCCUGGGCUUUUUAUUCGUCCCUGAACCAGGGGGGAGUUCCAAGGUGCUCAAUAGCCGCCCUCCCCCAACAAUAAUAAUCUAAAGGUAUCACGCUGAAUCGCUGAUGCCAGAAAACGCAGCAGUUUUGUAUCAAAUCAUCCAGCUAAUAUUGUGGCAACACGUCAUAAUUACGGCGUUUAUUUAGAACGGAUCACUUUUUUACAAACCCUCUGUAAAACCAAAUUCAUUGAUACUUUUAUUCGCUUUAUGACAAAUGCACAAUGUUUUGCUGUUGUUGCUAAGAAUUUUACGUUAGUAACACAUCGCUCUGGACGAGAAGAAAUGUGACGUAACUGAUAGCGUCUUACAAAGAUUAACCACAAAAGACUGCAAAGGACUGUCUAUGGCUACAAUCCCACUCUGUUUUGCGUUCUUUCGGUUUUUUCACCAUUGCAGUAUUUUUGCAGAAUUUAAUAUGUCUACAAAACGUGAUUUGAGGCAAUCUUAAGUUGCAGAUAACGAUGAAGUUAGCGAAAGUAAAGCAUUUUAUCUUUAUAAAGUUUGAAGGUUUUCCUGUCACCCCGUUAAGUUAUGAUUAAUCAAAGUUAACUCGGCUCGUUGUGCCCUCUCCUCCAGAUUAAAUAACGUGGAAAAUACAAAAACGAGUUGCAAUAUAAUAUUUUUUUCAACACAACGCAGGUUUUAUUUACGAUGGAAGUAAAAAUGAAUACGACGCAAUCAAAUCUGCUGUCAACCACACAAGCGCCACCAGCAACGUUUCCAUAGCAUUAAACAUUUUUGACGUCUCUUCAGAGAGGACCCUUUUUGACCAAGGUAAGUUAUCAAGGUUAACUUUGCGAUUGAACGUGGAGAUAACAUUAGCUUUAAAGAAGCAGUGUUACCAAUUUUCUCAAGGUUCUAACAGUAUGAACUGCCACCAAACUGAGGGAAACAUAAAAGUAAUCACUCAAAACAUUAAAUAAGAUAUUAAUAACAAAGCAAAUACAAAAUUAGGCACGGAUGGAUCGGACAAAGUUAAAGAAUAAUAAAAUGAAUUGAAAUGAUGGGAGGGGGUUAACGUUUUAGCGCCUUACGGCCAUUUGCCUGUCUAAAGAUUUGCAUUGGUGGACACUGCCGGCAUCUAACACGCUGGAAAAUCAUGACGUGCUCACGCAGCAAAGUCCUCUAUCACUUAGCAUACAGCCCCUAUUUUCAAGAAAUACAAGGCCACCAAAAAGCACAUAAAUGACUAGUACUUACCCCAAAGCCGACGAAUUGUACGUGAAUUCUCGAAGUUAUAUACGAAUAGACUCUCGUUAAGAAAAAUCAUAAUAUCUUUUACCCUAAAUAUGGAUGUGUUCACAAUUUAUUUCCUAUCUUUAGUGGUUCGCUGCCACUUUGAUUUCAUUUAACAUCGGUUCGAUCUGUCAUAUUUUGUUUAAAUCAUCAUCACCUUUAUUUUCAGCCACUGGUGUGUUCCAGCAGCAAAAUAUUACGGUACUGAUUGGCGGGAGUCAAUCGGAGUCGCACGCAUGCUCACUGUCUACAGUUACUGGGAUCCCUCUUAUUCGUCUCUAUGAAAGACUUAUACCAUUUAAUCAGUGCAAUAAAACAGUGGAUAUGUCAGUGGACUACAGAUACUUUGUGCAUGCCACAUUUGACGUUCUAGCCAGCUUUCACUGGAGGAAGAUUUCAUUAGUGUUUGAUGGUAACCAAGAGUGUCUUAGGCCCCUUCUAUUUAGAGGAAAGUUGCCCUGAAUGGAAAGGUCACCACUGCAAGAAAAACUAGAUUUGCAAAAAUUUGCUCGGGCAAAUAAGGUGCAAAAGAGUGCAAAGUAAGAGAAAAUCAAAGGCCAAGAUGGUAAAUACCACAUUUACAUUCUAGUUUACAUAGGGUUGAAGAUUCGAGGGCCAAUAGGGUAUUUACGUACAUCUUUGCCCUUGAAUUAACCGUAGUUUGCACUUUUUUGCACCAUAUAAAUGACUCAGCUAGAAGAGUGACCAGCCUGGUCAGCCUUUAGUGGUAGUACUAGUGGGUCACCUUCCUAGCCAGGCCAACUUUUCUCCAUAUAUAACAAUGUGGAUCGCCCAGCCGGAUCAAUAAGGUCAAAGUAGGACAAUCAGAGCAUGUGCAAGCGCUGUUGUAGACAACCAGAUCAAGUGCAGAGCAUACACGAGCGCUGUUGAGGCCAAAGAGGACAAAUUUUGUCAUAUAAAUUAAACGCGCGCUAAAGUUGACUCUGCUGUGAGCUAGGGUGACCCUUCUACUCAGAACAGAUUUACUCCAUCUAAACGGGACCUAAGUAUCAUCUAGCAUUAUUUUCUGAUGACGCAAAUUUCUGAUAAAAUGUGAUGUAAUUGUUAAUGAGAUUAUUCGUUUGCAGCUGUAAUUAGGACUACAUUUAUGCUAAAGCUUUUCCGCAAAACCGCCUAUUCCAUAGAUGAAACAUUGAACGGCUUCCUUAUAUAUGACAUUCAUGUCUGUAACUUCUACAGAGAAUCGGUUACUUGAUGCUGGUUACUUCUACGCAACUUUCCAGAAUUCCAACUUGGCCAUGAAUUUAGUCCAGCUUGCAAACGGAAGAACAAGUGAAGAACAGAGAAAGACAGUUUUGAAAGCUACUGAGGAAAUAACAAAAUUUGGUCCUGAAGUUAUACUGCUUUACGCCAGCAAAGAAAUAGCCCAACUACUGUUGCAACAGGUAAGAUAAAGAACUUUGUCUAUUCUCAUUCGCGUAAAAUCCGCCGUAUGACGAUUUAAUCCGUUGGAUAGCCGAAUGCGUCCGUAUAAGGUACUCUGUUGGCCAUAAGUGUCUCCAGGAAAGCUCUCUAGGCCUUUCAUCCAUCGACCUUGACUCCUUGAGGCAACUAGGAAACCUGUCAAACCGGUUAAACCCCCCUAUUAAUAUAUAGCAAAUGACCUUAACUUUAAUGAGAUUCCCCUCACUCUCCUCUAAAUCUCAGUUUGACCCAACAAGAAAACACACAACCCUUAUGUGCGCCUCGCUUUCAGCCAAGCGCUCGGUUUAUUCUCCGAAAAGACUAAAAGAUACAGGAUAUAUCAUAGAAAAGUAAUAUACAAUCCAAGUAACAUUCAUCUCUAAAGAACUAAAUCAAAAACUAACUGAAAUGGGGGACAACAGCUGGGUGAAAAACCUCCUCGUACGUCCACUUGCACCUAGGAGGAAAACCCCUGGCCAGCUGUACCCCAUAAACAGCGGUCCCCCUGGCAAGACCAACUAAAUAGAAACUAGAAUUAAAAAGCGGCACGAACGAGAAAAGUCAAUGCUUAAAGCCUUAGAAUCCGACAACGUGAAGAUAAAGAAUCUUGGACAUACCCGUCCUUAGCCGAUUCACUUGCCCAGCGGCCAUGACGCUUAAAAAGUCGGUCUGGUACGCCAGUAUUUGCGGCAGCAGUAGCCCCGCCACUCCUAAGGCCAUGGGUACCAAUGGCAGAAAUAUCAGGUACAAUAUCUUGAAAAGCCUCUAGCACUAAUCCUCUUAACCGUGAAUAGCUUAAACCUUUAGAUCUAGGCCUAUAACCACAUUUAGUUUUGGAAAGCUGGCACGAGCGAGGCUAAUAAUGGGUUGACGAUGUGUAAAAAGGUUUAUUGUUUACGUUCCUCCGCCUCCGCACACACAUACACAAACCUCAUACUAAUAACCUUUAUACAAUUGAGAUGUUUACAGUAUUUAUGAUAAAUUAAAAAGAGGCCCAUAUUAUAAUCCAUUUCGUAAAGUUCAGUGGUUCCUAGCUACAGUGUGUAUUUUGUUUACUUGAGAUAAGAAAAGUGGAAAUAGCUUGACGUUUUAAUCUCUAUUUAUAGGUACCCUGUGAUCUGAAGAAAUACUACAAAUGGAUACUUCAAGAAGAGGUUUGUAUUUACUGUUUCAUUACAUCAAGUAUUACUUCCUGAUGAACCUUUUUCAGGACGUUACUGAGGGAGUAAGCGACUUGAAGAAAUGUUUGAGAUUCAGGCAAGUCCUUUUCAACCCUCGGCAAACAAUGAGGAUAUUGCCACCAGCAAGAGCACUUAGUUUUCCAAGAGUCUUCCAAAACUUUCAACCAGUGAACGCCAAGGUACACUCCGACUAUAUCGCUAGGGCUCCAAACGCAACUGAAAAAGUAUGGUAGCAUUAUUAUCCAGUUGAAGAAACCUUUCAAGGGGCUUUCACUAAUCAUAACCUAUGUUGUUACCCGACUAGUCACUCGAGACCCAGCUGGAGAACUCGAUAUCGGGGAUCAAGACCGUCUGCGACACGGGCUUAUCGAUCUCUGCAAGGUGUGAUUGAGAAAUCUGUCGAGCCACCGAAAUGCUCCAUUUUAAUUUUUUUAACCGGUUAAUGAGAUAUCCCGCGUAGCCAUACUUACGCUAUCAGGAUAAUAAUCAGUGGCGUCACCUUUUUUGGUCUUUCAUUCACACGGAUUAUGCAAUCCACAAAAAAACAGUAUUUCGCCAUGCAUGAAACAACGUGUGAUACCUUGCUAUAGCAAAGUUCCUCGGUAGCAUCGAAAAGUAAUAACGAAUUGUUGUGAGCACUUUAAAAGGUUUUACGAUACAUAAUAAAACAAUAUCUCUGAAUACCUUUUUACUUUUUACUCAGGUAUCCUUCAACCUCGCCAGUCCCCCAAACAACGUCGUUUUUGCUUUUAAGCUCCCAUACAUACCUGAUGCAAUUCCUGGCAUUAAUCUCCAGAAUUUCAACGAGGUAAGCUACAAAUGCAUGACGCCAAAGUCCUAAGAACGUCUACGUAAAAGGCCAUUUGAACCUGCUUGUCCUUAUUUUUUGUACCUUAUUAAUUUCUUUGUAAAAAUGCCAAGUAAUAGCUCUUUCGGUAGCGGAGCUCCCGCGCGAAAAUUAAAGCGGGCGCAGCGGAGCAAAAUUUGGUUACCUAUGCAUCCAAGAAAUUUUAGCUGUAACAAAAUCGUCCAGUUUGGGUAUUAAACUGAUGAUAUACCUGUAAUUUAAGUGAGUCACGGGGCUCAAAUUCUGAUGAAAACAAACACUUUUGAAUAACUUCAAAAUUAGCUCCUUGAUGCAUGUUUAUGAGUUGUUUCAUUAAACCAACAGUCGCGUGUGGCUGUUAGCACAAAGAAACAAUAACAUCAAAAAUGAAUGCACGAUUAUUGUAGAAAUAUAGCGAGUUAUUAAGCAGUAAUUAACAGUUUUUGUAAAAUCUCUUUCUGUAGGAUCUUACUGCUGUUCAGGCAUAUGAUGCGGUCCAAGUUAUUUACCGAGCAUUGAACACGGAGCCGUGCUUAUCGCUAAACGAGUCUAGUAACAAUCAAAGGGAUAAAGAUCUUAUAUUUAACUGUAUGACAAAGGUACUGACUUCAUAUAUCUUGAUUAGUUUUGCAGUUCUUAAAAAUAAGUCCAUGGCCACCCGUGUCCUUAUUGGAAGAUAAUUCCUACUAGUCAAUAGGAAACCUCACAACCUGGCCUUUAAUCGAUUAAUUAGUUGAUUGACUGAUUGAUU